AUGGCUGUGCUACUGGAACAAAGUUGGGUCAAGGUGCAAGAGAAGACUUUCGGCAAAUGGCUCAACAGCAAGCUGCAGGUCCGCAAUGUGCAGAUCAAGGACCUGGUCACUGACCUCUCGGAUGGCGUCAUGCUCAUCCACCUCCUCGAGAUCCUCUCCCAAGAAUCACUAGGCCGCUAUGCCUCCCGUCCGAAACUACGAGUCCAGCGAUUCGAGAAUGUCAACAAAGCCCUAGACUUUAUCAAAGGCCGGCGCAUCCAGUUGACGAAUAUCGGCGCAGAAGACAUUGUUGAUGGCAAUCGUAAAAUCAUCCUCGGUCUCAUCUGGACCCUCAUUCUGCGCUUUACCAUCAGUGACAUCAACGAGGAGGGUUUGAGCGCAAAAGAAGGAUUGCUGCUGUGGUGUCAGAGAAAAACUGCUUGCUACGACGAGGUCGAGGUUCGAGACUUUUCGUCGAGCUGGAACGAUGGUCUCGCUUUCUGCGCACUACUUGACAUCCAUCGUCCCGAUCUCAUCGACUAUGACAAGCUCGACAAGAACGACCAUCGUGGAAACAUGCAAUUGGCCUUUGACAUCGCUUCCAAGGAGAUCGGCAUCCCGGACCUGCUCGAUGUCGACGACGUUUGUGAUGUUGCAAAGCCCGACGAGCGUUCGCUCAUGACCUAUAUUGCCUACUGGUUCCACGCCUUCUCCGCCAUGGAACGUGUAGAGAACGCAGGAAGACGUGUUGAGAAGUUCGUCUCCAAUAUGCAAGGAGCCUGGGAGAUGCAAAACAGCUUUGAGCGCCGUAUGAGGGAGCUCCUACGCCAAAUCGCCGAACAGCAAAAACAAUGGAAGGAUGCCACCUUCGAGGGCUCUUAUGCCGAUGCCAAGAUGCAGAGCUCCGAGUUCACAGGUUACAAGCGAAACCAAAAGAGAAAGUGGGUAGCAGAGAAGAGUGACCUGGUUGGUCUACUUGGAAACAUCAAGACAAAACUCAGCACAUACCGCUUGCGACCAUACGAGCCCCCGCCGGAGCUCAGUCUUGCUGCACUCGACUCGGCCUGGGCUGGCUUGAUGCAGGCCGAGAAGGAGAGGAGUAGAAUCAUCAACGAAACAAUCCGCGACAUCAAGAACGCGUUACGGAGGAACUUCGCUGACAAGGCCAACGACUUUGCUCUCGCUCUGCACACGUUGAGUGUGAGCAUCUCUGGACUUGAAGGUGAAGUUGAAGACCAGAGAGAACACAUCACCAAGAUCUCAGAAUCGGUGCCACCCCUCGAUGAAUAUCUGACCAUUAUUGGUCGUCUGGACGAGCAAUGCGAAGAGGCCAACAUUGAAGAAAAUGAUUUCACAACAUAUACAUACGACGAGCUCGUCUACGAAUUGGGCUUGGUCAAAUCGAGUGUGCAGAAAAAAUUAGCUUUCUUGGAAAACCAGAUGGUGGCACGCAGCAUGACCAAUCUCACGCCCAUCCAAUUGGAGGAGUUUGAGUCCGUCUUUAGACACUUUGACCGUGGUGGCAGCAACUCGCUGCAGGAGCUCGAGUUCUCAGCAGCGCUCGCAAGUCUGGGACUUGUAUAUGACGAGGACGAGAUGCACGAACGCUUCUUGGAGGUUAGCAACGGACCAGGCGGCACUGUCAGCUUCGAGCAGUUUAUUCGCUUUAUGGUCGAAGUCACCGAGGAUCAGUAUACGGCGGAGCAGGUGUUUGAGAGUUUCCGCGAAGUUGCGGAUGGCAAGCCAUAUGUCACCGAACUCGAUCUCAGACACUCACUCAUCCCUGACGAACUUAUCGAAGAUCUGGUCAGGACAAUGCCUCAACACAACGGACCCGACUUGCAAGAGGACCGAGACCUGGAAAAGUACGACUACAUUACCUUUAUGCAAAAGUAUAUGGGCGCCGCACCCAAUGCCAACGGAGAGUGA